CGCGUGAUUCGCGAUAUCUCUUUACAAUUUCCGCUAAUUUUUGAAAUUGAAAAUUCGCGUCAAUCACACUCGAUGAGAUCUUGUGCUUGAUUGGGGGUCUCUUCUUUAUAAAAUUCCCCCAAUUACAGCUCAAGUUCUCAGUACCACCAUCCAAUUUCUGCCGUAAGGAUUAUGUGAAUAGUGAGUGUAUCACAACGAAAAAGGAUUUUCUCAGUGUGUUUAAAGGAACAACUAGCAAAUAGGAUGAAAAAACUUGGGAUUUACGUUCUGGUGUGCCUGGCUGGUGUAGCAUCAGUGGUUACUGCUGAAGGUGUUGUGUGUCCUGAAGGGAGGUGGAUGACUACCCUACCCCAUGAGGAUUGCCACCAAUUCCACUUGUGCUUGUUUGGUCGUUCUGUGGAGCUCAAAUGUCCCUUUGGGAUGUACUGGGAUGCCAUUGAUGGUGGAUGCACAAGCGUAGAGGCUAAAAGCUGUUUGAAUGUACGACAGAAUGGGGAUCCACCUCAACCACCAGUUGAAACUACAUCAUGGCCCCCAAUGCCACCUGUGGAAACUACAACAGUAGAAGAUACGGAAACACCAGAGGAGACUGAUGAAACUCCCGAGGUAACGGAUGAAACUCCUGAGGAGACGGACGAGACUCCCGAUGAAACAGCUACGCCACCCUUCUCAACAACAGGCGGUACACCAACCCCACCAUUCUCCACAACAGACGGUGCUACACCCACUCCACCUGUUUCAACUACUGGUGGUCAACCUACACCCCCAGUCUCCACAACCCCGGAUGAGAGUGAAACUGGCACGCCCCCAGAGGUGACAACAACAACUCCGGAAGGAAUUGAGACUGAUACGCCCCCAGAGGUUACAACGAGUGAGCCAGAGGAAACGACAACGGAUGGGGUUCAAACGGGUACACCACCAAUGGUCACAACAACUGAGGCUGAAGUAACCACAGUACCUACAACAUUGCCACCUACAACUUUGCCGCCAACCACCUUACCCCCAUCACCCACUCCACCCACAUGUCCAGCAGAUGGAAUUCACUACUUCCCCGAUCCACAGGCCUGCAAUCGUUUCUUCCUGUGUCAAAAUGGGCAGCUCAUCCACAUGAUGUGCGCCCCCGGGCAGAUCUUCGAUCAGACGUACCUCCGUUGUCGCCAUGAUGGCGUCUGCACGCUCUAUGGGUGGCUAGAGCAGCACUAGGUGAUCCACUUCAGGGUGCACCUAAUACUGAGACACACACGAGACACGCAGUAGUAGAACAGAAAGACACUCCAGAGCUGAGGAUUCAGCCCACCAGAGACACCUUAAGUAGAGUCAGAGAAUCACACAAAACACUACAAACUGUAAAAUAGAGGAAUUUUGUAACGACUGUGUAAUCUUGUGAAGGUGGAAUUUCUUUGCAAUCAAUGAAGUUCCAUCAUCACAAAAAAUCUUUUUCUCUUAAUAAAUUAUAUAUCUACACAA